CUUUACAAAACAAUGACAUACAGCAUAGGAUUCGGCAGCUGAAUGAAUGUCGUCUUUUGAUACCAUCUACAGAUCACUUCACUUCUUGCUUACUUACUUCUUAGACUUUCUUACUUCAUUUUCCACCGCUCCAUAAUCUCUUUCUAUCUCUUAAAUACUCCACUACUUCAACUUUAACCUUUACUUCACUCUCUCUUUCAAAAUGGCCGAAAAUAACAACUCAAACCCUACUCCUCCUCCACCGUCACCACCACCGCAACAAGAAACCGAUUCAUCCACCCUAACUCCCCAGCCACAGCCACAGCCAGAACCGGAACUCCCGGUUACCGACCAAAAAGAACUCCCCGAUCCACCACCACAACCAACCGAAUCAGAAACCGAUACCAAAGGUAACCAGUCACAAGAUGUAGUAGCACCAGAACCCUCACCAGAACCCCAACCCGAACAAAAUCAACAACAACAACAACAAAAGAAAAUUCCAGUAAAUUUAGUUUCAUUCAAAGAAGAAAGCAACAAGCUAAGCGAUCUCUCCGAUUCAGAAACAACUUCACUCAACCAACUCAAACACCUCAUAACUGAAUCAAUCAAAGGUGAACAAGUUUCAAUCUACGGCGUCCCCCUUCUCGCCGACGAACGCACCGACGUAAUCCUCCUCAAAUUCCUCCGCGCUCGCGACUUCAAACCGAAAGACUCCCACACAAUGCUCACCAACACCCUCCAAUGGCGAAAAGACUUCAACAUAGACUCACUUCUGGACGAAGAUCUAGGCGAGGAUUUGGACAAAGUUGUUUUCAUGCAUGGCUUUUCAAGAGAGGCGCAUCCUGUUUGUUAUAAUGUGUAUGGUGAGUUUCAGAAUAAGGAGCUUUAUGAUAAGACUUUCGGGAAUGAGGAAAGGAGGAACAGGUUUUUGAGAUGGAGGAUUCAGUUUUUGGAGAAGAGUAUUAGGAAGCUUGAUUUUUAUCCUGGUGGUGUUAACACUGUUUUUCAAGUUAAUGAUUUGAAAAACUCGCCGGGGCCGGCGAAAAGGGAGCUUAGACUUGCUACUAAACAGGCGCUGCAGUUGCUUCAGGAUAAUUAUCCUGAGUUUGUUGCUAAACAGGUUUUUAUCAAUGUGCCAUGGUGGUAUCUUGCAUUCUAUACCAUGAUCAAUCCGUUCUUGACUCAGAGGACGAAGAGUAAAUUUGUGUUUGCAGGCCCAUCCAAGUCUCCCGACACACUUUUCAAGUAUAUUUCUCCUGAGCAAGUGCCGGUUCAGUAUGGUGGCCUGAGUGUUGAUUUUUGUGAUUGCAACCCGGAUUUCAGCAUUAACGAUCCCACCACGGAAAUUCCUGUAAAGCCAACCACUAAGCAAACCGUCGAAAUUGCUAUAUAUGAGAAAUGCAUUAUUGUCUGGGAAUUGCGCGUGGUGGGCUGGGAAGUUAGUUACAGUGCUGAAUUCAAACCUGAUGCUGAGGAUAGAUAUGCAGUUAUUAUACAGAAGGCUACAAAGAUGGCCCCUAGCGAUGAACCAGUAGUUUCCAACAGCUUUAAAGUCGGUGAACUAGGAAAAUUGCUCCUCACUGUCGACAAUCCUACCUUGAAAAAGAAGAGGCUUCUUUACAGGUUCAAGAUAAAACCCUACUCCGAUUAAGAGAAAAUCGUCUCUAGUCUCUCGAGUUUCAAAUGGUUUUCUAUAUAUAUGAAGGAAAUAGAGCUUGACGAGUAAGAAGUAUGUGUGUCAUAAUUAGUUCCGCCCAUUAUUCAUCUAUAGUUUUGGUCUUGAUUUGUUUGCAUAUGGUUUUCUCUGGUUUUUGUUGUAUCUAAUACUUUAUUUAUUGCUAGAAAACAUUAUAUAGCUAGUCUAAAUUUGUUGAUUUUAAUUUAAUUUUAUUUUCUGGUGUUAAACAAUGUCAACGGGGAGAGUAGUAGCACAUGGAUUUGGAAAUGAUGUUGGUUUGAUAUUA